AUGUGCUUUUUGGAGGGGUGUAACACCAACAGGGGCGGUUACGGCGGCGACGCGACCACAACCAGCGCGGACACUGGACGGCCAAAGUUUUGGAUCGAAUUUCGCACCUUUGACGAUGGCAUGCAUGAUAUGAACAAAGCUUCGAGACCAGCCUCGUUUCCACAAUUUGCGCGGUUGCCGCCGGAGCUACGUCUCAAGAUCUGGGAGCUCCUGGUGCAGCCGCGCAUUGUCGUGGCGUGCUGCCUGGAGCGAGAUGGGCGGCUGCAGGAGCGGCGCGCGCAGCUACGCAGUCGGACGGCGGGAGAGUCUACGGAAGGCUACAACGAAGACGACGACGACAGCAGCGGCGGGAUGACCAACGGCAGCUGUAGCCCCGUGCUGCUGCGCAUCAACCACGAGGCGCGCAGCGUCGGCCUGCGCUUCUACGAGCUUACAUUUAGUUGGCGCAUUUCCAAGCUGUUGUCGGACACGCCCGUAUCGCAGCCGGCGCGCGUGUGGUUCAACUUUGCGCUGGACGCGCUGUACCUGACAGGCGAGCUCGAGGCUUUUGACGCGUACGGCUUCAACUCGCCCAUGGUGUACUUUUUGCGACCCGAAGACACGCGCCGCGUGCGGCACGUCGCCUGCGCCUUUGCCGAGCUGGGGUAUCCGCAAUUGGAGAGCGAUCAGAUAUUCGGGUGUCUAUGGCACGUCGCGGAUCGAUUCCGGGCGGCGAAGCGGCUACUGCUGGCGCUGAGUCCGGGGGAGGAAGAGGUGGCACACUGCAAAUUUUCGGCGGGCAGGACCGGCAAAGCAGGCAAGGACGGACAGCGCGGCGUGACGCUGAUGGACGAGGAUAAUAUAAUGCAAAAGAUUUGGGAGGGCUGGAUGGGCAGCGUCAGCGGCCAGAGAUCGCGGGACGACAGGACGCAGCUGGUGGACAAGAAAAUGGUCUUGGUGAGAGAGGAGAGCCUGGCUGAUGUGAUAGCUGGCUGUUAG